GAUGAAGUGGUGGUGAGGAGGCUGAUGGAGAUGCAGCAGCUGCGCCGCCAACAACAACAGGAGCAGCAGUCGCAUUUCGGGGCAUCAGGGGACGAGGAUCAAGAGCAGAAACAGCAACAACAACCACAUAACCAACAACAACUACAACCAACACAGCACCAACUACAACAACAACACCAGCAGCAGAAAGAACAUCUUAAGGAUGCGGAAAUGAUGACCGACAAGCCAGCCGAGGAGCAACAGCAGCAGCACGAACACACGGAAGACUCGGAUAUGGAGCUAACUGACGAUCAGGAUGUAGAGGAAACUGAGUCGGAUGGGGAGAAUAAUGGCCAGGAGGCGGAGGAAGGCGAUGACGACGACGAGGAUGACGAUGAUGAUGAUGGCACCAUCGUCGAGGACAGCGAUGCCACCAGCUGCAGCAGUUGUCGCCGCGCCGAACUGGAGGAGGAUCAGGAGGAGCAACAGCAACAGCAAUCGCCGCCGCCUCCUCCUCUUCCAAAAGCCAACGAUGAUGAUGAUCAUGAUGUCACCUAGGUCCAUGCCCGAGAUCACACUUCCUCAAUUGAAAACGAUACACACGCACCAUUUUAAGGCAUGUCUAUCCAAUGCAAGGAAUACCUGUUUGUUGGUGGUAUUCCUUUCAUUCUACGCCACGCUGGAUAACUCGCAGAAAGCAAGAAACAAGAAGAUCGAAAACUAUGUUCAAUAAGAAGCGCUACUAGUUCACACACAAUUAUAUACACUCGACGAAUAAGGGGGACAUACCACACAACACUCUUGUAGACAAGCAUGAGAACCAACGCUGUUUAGUUUCGAACUCAUCAUUUCCCCAUCCCCAACCUCGAUUUGUUAAUGGACACACAGAUUAUGCCCCAUGAUUUACACACAAUUAUGUUGAAAUUUCUUAUAUUUUUUUUCCUUUGGCUACAAAUGUAUGAUGUGCUGGCGCUUUGUUUGGCAUUAUAAUUUACUUAUGAAACCUGCAAAUGCGUAAUUAAAUAAUUGUUAACUAGAAAUUAACCAAAACAGAACCAUGUGUUGUAUUUAUUUGUAUUAUUUUAUAUGAUUUUAUUGCAAAUUCGUUGGAGCUUAGCAGAGGCAAGAACCACACACCCACACACACGUACACAACAUAGCACAGGCAACAACCACCACUACAACCGAACGAGCAAAGUAAAAAAAAUAAUGCAAAACUAAAAAAAUUGUAAGGAAAACUCACAUAUUUUUCUGUCGGAUGGAUUAUUUAUGUGUAUUGAAAUCUCUCAACACGUGUAAACGGAAACCAAGCAGAAAAUAUAAGAAAAAAAAUAGUAUAAUGUGAAAUUUGCAUACACACCAUACUACACACCCACACAAACACACUCUGCACACCUAAUAGAUACACAGAAAAAAAUAUCUUGAACUUGGAAUGCUUCCCCAUAAAAAUGGUAUUUUUCACCCUAUUCCGUUGUUUAAAAUAUAUAAAUAUAUUUUAAAAUUUCGAAUCGUUUGUUUUUAAAUUAAGAUUUAUCUAUUUUAUGAGAGCAUUUCUUAUUAACCCGAAAUAUAUUUUAAAAUAUUAAUUAUAUUUUUAACAUAGAACCAAUUUGAAAUAGCUAAGACAUGAUGACCAGAGACGUUACUUCCCAGAUAAUUUAAGAUCUUUGAUAAUGGAAAACAUUAAUUAGAGGUGCUCUUUUCCCUCUGUGUACUUAGGCAAUGUAUUAUUCAUUGCUCACGAGCAAAAUAAAUCGGUGUGUGUUUGGACAUGGAUUUUUCACACCCCACCCUACAAAAAGGACCUCUAUUUUCGCCUAUUUGCUUCUUCCCCUAUUUUUUUGUCAAAUACUUUUUGCUUUUUUCCUGGAUUUUUGCUAUCCAACAAGAACAUUUUGAAACAACAAAAAAAUACAACAAUUGAAAAUACAACAAAAUACAACAAUUGCAACCACAACAAAUUACAAAUUACAAGCAAAUCGAAUAUUAUGUGUGUAUGUGUAUAUGUAUUGUCCAUCCACAGCAGCAAAGUAUGCAACAAAAAUUUUUGUAGAAACUGCAAGCAGUAAUAAAACAAAUAAAAAAGCCAAAAAAAGCGAGGAAAGCGAAGAAAGCAAUCGCAAAGAAACCAAAAAAUUCCAAGAAUAAGAACAAACCAAGGAAAAUAUGAAUAAUUAUCAUCUUGUCGUUUAUAUAAAUGUGUGCUAUGUGUUUUCUUCGAAUCGGAUUUAUGUUAUGCAAAACAAAACAAAAAUCGAAAAACAGUAAGGAUUAAAAGGAUAAAAUUCAAUGGAAUAAGAGAGAGAACAGUAAGAAACAUGGAAACCAAAAAAAAUAAAUAUAUAUAUUCAUGCAAGAAAUACAAAAUAAAGUAAACAUUGGUGUAAAUUAAGCAAGAACUUAAGUAAAACCUACUAAAAACAAAAAAAAUGAAGCUUAAUACGUAAUUUCCUAACAACAACAACAGAAGACAUUUACAUAUGCAGCACUCACAUACACACACAAACCACACACACACUUCCAAGCAACACGUACGUACAUUUACCGUUACUUUUCACACGCAGACACACACACACACACAUACAGCACCUCUUUCUCUCUUUGGCUAUUGCGUUUUAGAUUAUUGCUCAGCACGUUUUUCGUAGACCACUUUUUAUGCUAACGGUAAGAUACGACCUCCUCUCUCUCACCCACACACCCCCACACCCCUCCCACGCACACACACACACAUACACUCACAAAAACAAAAACAAGAAGACGAGAAAAACGUGAAUUUUUUUCUUAAAAAUCGGAAUGGCGUAUUUCUAACGGGAAAGCAAACACAAGAAACACACACGAGGACUUCUAAUAAGUGUUUAUAUAUACAAAUAUAUAUAUAUAUGUAUACAUAUAAAAAGAAAAAAAAA